ACCCAAGCCCAAAGGAAGUGCAAUAUAAGCGGAGGGGAAAGUGAUCGAGCGUUCAUGUUCCUCUCUUUGACGUUCUCCCUGUCGUUGAUGUUGAGGCAUUUGUCCCUCUCCCCCUUCCUCUGCAGUGCUUCCAUUAAAUCUUCCUUCGCAAGCUUCUCCAGGUUCCCUUCUUCAUGCCCAAACCCUAACCCCGGGCCUUACUUCCAUCCCUUCUCAAAGAUGUCCACCCGCACAGUCGCCGACGUUCUCAUGGCCGCCGCCCGCGCCAACGCCGCCAAGAAGGGAGAGCCUCCUUCGAAGCGCGCCAAAAUCGUCGAGGAAACCCCCAAGAAGGACGCCGAUAUCUCCGAUGAGCCCGCGAAGCCGACCGGCAGCAGCGGCGGCGGUGGUAAGGGUGGCAGCAGUGAGGGAUUUGAUCUGGACGCGAAGAUCCGUCAGUUGACGAAGAAGCCGCCGGAGUUCAAGCCGAAAUCCGCUGCGUUCUGGAAGGAAGGGGAGCACGUGCCGUUCCUCUUCCUCGCUCGCGCGCUUGACCUGAUUGCGAAUGAAUCGGGAAGGAUCGCAAUGACGGAUAUCAUGUGUAAUGUGUUUCGGACAGUGAUCGCCACUACGCCGGACGAUUUGCUUGCCGUGGUGUAUCUUUCCGCGAACAAGAUUGCCCCUGCUUACAAAGGCAUUGAACUCGGGAUUGGAGAUGCGGCCAUUAUCAAGGUUCUUGCUGAAGCCUGUGGGAGGAAUGAGACGCAUAUUAAAACACAACUGAAGACAUUGGGUGACCUAGGACUUGUUGCAAAAGCAAGCCGUCGGACACAAGCGCUGAUGAAAAAGCCGGAGCCACUCACGGUUAUCAAUGUUUUGAAGGCUUUUCGUGACAUUGCAGAGGAAUCUGGAAAGGAAAGCCAAGACAAAAAGCGAAUACGGAUAAGGAACCUCCUGGUGGCUGCAACGGAUUGUGAACCACAGUAUCUUGUCCGUCUAUUGCAGUCAAAGAUGCGGAUUGGUUUAGCUGAGCAAACUGUUUUGGUUGCCUUGGGGCAAGCAGCUGUAUAUUCUGAAAUUCCUCCUGUCCCAUCAUCACAAAUUCAAUCUCGGUUGGAAGAGGCUGCUAAAAGUGUCAAACAAGUGUAUUCGGUACUCCCUAUAUACGACAGAAUUGUCUCCACCCUUCUGAGUGUUGGAGUGAGUAAGCUUUUGGAUGCAUGUACCUUUUCCUUGGGUGUGCCUGUUGGGCCUAUGUUAGCUAAGCCUACCAAGGGUGUAUCAGAAAUUUUAGAUAAGUUUCAGGAUACUGAGUUUACUUGUGAAUACAAGUAUGAUGGUGAACGGGCUCAGAUACAUUAUAUGGAUGAUGGAAAAGUUGAGAUCUACAGUCGUAAUGCUGAAAGAAACACUGAAAAGUUUCCUGACGUUGUUUCUUCAGUUGCAAGAUUCAAGAAGCACUCAGUACAAUCCUUUGUCCUGGACUGUGAAGUUGUUGCUUAUGAUCGUGAAAAGAAAAAGAUUUUGCCCUUCCAGGUCCUGACAACCCGUGCCAGAAAGGGUGUCAUACUGAGUGAUAUCAAAGUUCAAGUUUGCAUUUUUGCUUUUGAUAUUUUGUACCUCAAUGGCCGCCCCCUUCUUCAGGAGCAACUUAGAACACGUCGAGAGCUUCUGUAUGAUUCUUUUAAUGAAGUAGAAGGGGUCUUUCAGUUUGCAACUGCAAUUACAUCGAGUGAUCUUGAGGAAAUACAGAAAUUUCUUGGAAGUGCAGUUAAUAAUAGUUGUGAAGGGUUAAUUAUUAAAACACUGGACAAGGAUGCUACUUAUGAACCUUCCAAACGGUCCAUGAACUGGUUGAAAUUGAAGAAGGAUUACAUGGACAGUAUUGGGGACUCAUUGGAUCUUGUACCUAUUGCUGCAUUUCAUGGCCGUGGAAAGCGUACAGGAGUUUAUGGUGCAUUUUUACUUGCAUGUUAUGACGAAGUAAAGGAAGAAUACCAGAGCAUCUGCAAGAUAGGAACUGGUUUUUCUGAAGCAAUGCUUGAAGAGCGUUCAGCUAGUUUACGUGAUAAAGUUAUUGCCAAGCCAAAGCCUUAUUAUAGGUACGGAGAUACGAUGAAUCCGGAUGUUUGGUUUGAACCAUCUGAGGUUUGGGAGGUGAAAGCUGCAGAUUUAAGCAUUAGUCCUGUACAUUGUGCUGCUAUUGGUGAAGUAGAUCCUAAGAAGGGUAUCUCUCUUCGAUUUCCACGAUUGCUGAAAAUUCGUGAAGAUAAGAACCCAGAUCAAGCCACAACAUCUGAGCAGGUUGCUGACAUGUACCGCAAUCAAAAGAUUAACCAUUCAAGGAACCAGGACGAGGAGGAAGACUGAAGCAAGAACAAGAUACCUGUUCCUAAUACAGUUGCAGGAAAGGAUAUAUGUUGCUCAUACUCGGGGAUGUGCUGCUUUGAGCAUGCAUGUGUAAAUUAUCCUUGGAGAUGAGAUUGAGGAGUAACCGUUGCCGUGGUUGCUUGUUUUUCACUCUGCGGUCCAAUGCCUAUUCAGAUGGAAGGAGGCCAAAGUCGGAGCUGAACUAUCCGUCAUGUAUGUGAUUUAUGUCUAAUCGCUAUUGUCUAUUUAUUCAGAGUGGUCAUAUAUUCUAUGUUUCGCUGCUCCGUAGUUGGUUCUUGGUUGUUGCUUGGGUCUGUUCUUUAACUGGUGCAGGCUGAACUGAAGAUGGUCCAAUGACCUGAAUCACCUGAUGUAACAAAUUGUGCAAUAAUUACCUGAUCCUGGUGUAGGCUGAACUGAAGAUGGUCCACUGAUCUGAUGUAAGAAUUUGUGCACUACAUAUCUGACACUCGAGCUUGAUAAUGAUGUCUUACGGGUGCCAAGUUACGAUUCCGUCAUCAGC